CGCAUUGCACCCAAAUGCUGAGAGAUCCGAUACAAACAACAAACACGACACAACAAAAAAGAAGAAAUAUGCCACUCAGAUAAGAAUAUGGAAUGGGGGAGCAACUUUAUUUUGCAGACUGUAUGUUCAAUCAUCCAUUUCAUUCAAACGAUUCUGUUCUGCCCCAAUCUCAGGGAGCAAACUGCAGGAACAACAAGAACAACAAGAACAACAACACCCCUUCUUCUUAAACUUCACCAAAAAUCAAUCCAUCAUUGUUAUCAAUGUAUAGUUUCAAUCAAUGAUUGAUGAACAGAGCUUCUCUUCACUUAACCACCGGUUCACGGUGGCGACGACGACGGUGGUGGCAGUGGUGACCCAGUUCAUCUCAACCAGAGGUUUCAUGGUGGACCCACUUUCAACCUAAUUUGAGACUAGGAUUCAGAAGGUGUCACAGUCCUUUUCUCCACUCAGAUGCUCUCUAUUUUGUUUUCACUCUUUGCCCUUCAUUUUUCUCGCUAUAACUCUGGUGCCCUUUUGCCCUUUUGCCCAUUUUCCUUCUUCCACCUUCCAUUGGGAUCUUCUUUCUCUCUUUUUUCCCCUUCUGUUGGCUAAUUUACGGCUUUCUGGAUCGUUCGAUUAAACCCCAAUUCGUAUUUUCAAUGCAUUUGGAUUCGUGUAUUUGGACUGCUUCGAGGAUCUCACUUUUCCUUCUAGUUUUUGUUUCUUUUCCGCUCGUUUAACCGCCGGAUUUCCUCAGGUUUUCCCUUCUGGUUUAGCUGUGGGAUGUCAUUUGUCAGGCUCUUUGUUUGUCUUCUUCAAGUAAAUAUACUCUUCUCCCAUUAAUUUCCUCUUUCUUGCUCGUCAGACUGCCAAUUAAACAAAUACUUCAUCUGGGAUCUGUUGGAUUCGCCUUUCUUCUUGAGUUUUUUAUAUAUAUAUAUAUAUAUAUAUAUUAAUACACGCUUAAUUUUGGAUUUGGGUGUCUGUGAGAUUCAUUAAACAAUUGCUUUAUUUAAUACCUCGUUUGAGUUGUUAAAAUAUAUUUUCUCUCAGAACUCUAUUUGACUCCACUGAUAGGGACGUUGGUUUUAUUGUAAGCCCGUUUGUCUUUGAUGAUUUAGAGGUGUUUAAUCCCCUUUAUAUUCAACUGGGUUCGUCUUAUUAUAUUCAUUUGGAUUUAGCUUGUGGAGUUUAAACGUGACUUAUUUCCCAGUAAAGAGGCAAAGAAUUUUUCCCAUUUUCCAACCAUGCCUCUAUCUGAGCUUUAUCGUGUGGCCAGAGGGAAGCUGGAUUCAACUCAAGACAAAAACAACAUGGUUGCUUCUGAUUUAUCUAUGAAUCCUGAGAAUGACGUUUUCGAGCUGGUGUGGGAGAAUGGCCAAAUUUUGUUGCAAGGCCAGUCCAAUAGGACCAGGAAGAACUCAAAUUUAAACACUUCACAGGGUCAAUGUUUACCAUCUCAUAGUCCCAGGGAUAGAGAUAGAGAUGCAGGAUAUUUCAACAAUGCAAAGAUGGGGAAGUUUGGGGCUAUUGAUUCUGUAGUAAGAGAUGUUAUGUCAACGGCCCCUUCGCCGGACGUUGAAUUAGCUCAUGAUGAUGAUGAUAUGGUACCUUGGCUAAGUUAUCCUCUUGAUGGACAUCUACAACACGAUUAUUCUUCUGAUUUCUUACCUGAAUUAUCUGGUGUCACUAAUGACUUUCCCUCACGCAAUAGCAUUGCAUCUUCUAUAGGCAAAGCUAAUGGCGGUAAUCAGGUGAACAGAGAGAGAGAUAUGAACCUAAAUUCUUUGCACGGAGCUAAUCUAGAAGAUGGCAAUAUGUCCAAGCUUUCUUCCUUAGAUGUUUCAACUACGAAACCUAGAAGUAGCACGAACCAAUUACAUUCAUCAGCAUCCCAGCAAAGCCAGACAUCAUUUCCACAUCUCAGAACAAAAUGUACUGGAGGCACUGAAAAUACUACAGGCAAGAUUCUCCAUGAUUCUCUUGUGGGCCACUCUCCUCAGGUUCAAUUGAUUGCAAGCAGUUCUUCAAGCACAGCAAGGCAAAAGCUAGAUCCAACUCCUCCAAGUAAUUCAUCCCAUAUCAUAAAUUUCUCCCAUUUUCUGCGACCUGCUGCUCUUCUCAAAUCCAAUCCUCAGAACCAUGGUGUCCCUGGAACUAGGGGUUCGUGCAAUUUGGACAGCAUGGUUAAGAACUGUUCGGCUGCUAAUAAUCAACCCCAUGAAUCAUCAUUAAUUGCAACUCGAGGUGGUAUAAGAAAUGAAUCAAGUUCAUGUUGUAAAAAUGCGGUAGUGCCUUCCAUAGAUGGUAAAAAUACAUCAGAUGCCAAGGCUCCUGAGCAAUCACAGGCUAACAAACAGCCUGAGGUUGCUUGUUUGGGAGAUUCAGCCGACCACGAUGACUGCCUUAAACAUUGUCUUGAAGUUGGUGCAACGAAAGGAUUGCCAGAUAGUGAGAAGGCUGUUGAAUCUGCAAUUGCUGCUUCCCUUUGUUCACGGAAUAGUGUGGAGGGGGCUUCUGAUGAUCCACUGCUUAAUAGGAAGAGAAAAUGUCAUGACACUGAGGAUUCUGAAUGGCAUAGUGAUGAUGUAGAAGAAGAAUGCAAUGAUGUGAAGAGAGUGACUUCUGCUCGAGGAACUGGUUCAAAAAGAAGCAGGGCAGCAGAAGUGCAUAAUUUAUCAGAAAGACGACGUAGAGAUAGGAUCAAUGAGAAGAUGCGUGCACUGCAAGAACUCAUACCAAAUUGUAAUAAGGUCGACAAAGCUUCCAUGCUUGAUGAAGCCAUUGAGUACUUGAAAACACUUCAACUUCAGGUUCAGAUUAUGUCGAUGGGAGCUGGUUUGUUCAUGCCUCCUGUGAUGUUCCCUGGAGGAAUGCCACCCAUGAAUGCACCUCACAUUUAUCCACCCAUGGGUUUAGGAAUGGGAAUGGGAUUUGGGAUAGGUAUGCCAGACAUGAGUGGUGGUUCUCCUGGUUUUCCCAUGGUUCAAAUGCCACACAUGCAAGGAAUGCAUUUCCAUGGCCCAUCUAUGCCAGCUCAAACUGUAAUGCAUGGACUGCCAAGUUCUAACUUUCAGGUUCUUGGAUUUCCUGGUCAAGGACUUCCCAUGCCCAUGCCACGCCGACCGAUUGCACCGUUUUCUGGAGGACCUUUUAUGACUAAUUCCAGUGUGGCAGUAGCUCCUGUGGAGAAUUUUGGUUCAGCUGCAGCCUGCAACUCGAAAGAUGCAUCUCCAAACAUUAAUUCACCCAUGGUGCCAAAUGGUGGCACCGACCCUUCAAUUACUCCAGCUCUUGGACAGCGGUGUGAACCCCACCAGCAAAAACGACCUUAUAGCUAACUAAAGUGCAUAUUAUUAUUGAAGAAAUCACAUUCAUUAGGCAGAUUGUCUCUGUAUCUUGAAAAAAAGCCAUGCCAUGGCCAUGACAUUCUGCUUCGGCUUGUUCAUAAAUACUUCGGCGAAUAUAAAGGAUCGAUCACGAGAUCCCGCUUUGGACUUGGAGAACUUUAAGGUGUACCACAAUUAAGUAUCUGAAGUUUAAUCAGGUUCUGAUGCUUGCAUAUACGUAUUUCUUACUGGGAGGGGACUAGAUAGGCAUAAUGCAACUGAAAAUUUGUAAGUAGAUUAGACUUAAUUAUAGCAAAUAAAUUCUCUCCCAUUCUCUAUCUUCAUAUGAGUUUCUCCUGAACCAUUUAUGGAUUUGUAGCUUGGCCUUUACAUCCUAAAAUUGUUUGCAACUGGAACCUGCAUGUGGUGAUCAACUUGUGUAACUUAAAGUUGAUCUGUAGAACAUAAACAAAAUUUUGCAUAUAUGCUAAUGUCAUAAUCUUUUCUUC